AUGAUCACAUUAGGCGCUCUCCCCCCUUGGACCCACACGGCCCCCCCUAGCAGCAUCGCUUUCGCGCCAAACGUGACUCCAGUCACAUUCAACGACCCUCUUCCCACCUCGGACACCACUUCCGACCCUAUCCUCUUCCCUCCUUCCCCAUUGGAAGGUUCCCCUCGCCGUCCAAAUCACGGUAAAAAACGCGGUGAAGAUUACAUCCCCCGUCCCCCCAAUGCUUUCAUCCUCUUCCGAUCCGCGUUUAUCAAAAGCCAGCACGUCUCGAGUGAUGUCGAGACCAACCACAGCACUCUAUCUAAGAUCAUCGGGCUCACCUGGCAGAGCAUGCCUCACGACGAACGGCAGAUUUGGCACGCAAAGGCGAAGAAAGCGCUAGAGGAGCACCGCAAGAAGUGGCCGCAGUACGCCUUCCGUCCCUCGCAUUCGAAAUCAAAGGGGACUACGGAAAAGAGAAAGGUACGGGAAGUGGAGCCGAAGGAUCUCAAGCGGUGUGCAAAGAUCGCGGAGCUACUGGUUGAGGGCAAGAAGGGAGCUGAACUCGACGCUGCUAUCCAGGAAUUUGAUCGUACCCACGUGCCGGAGAUCGUCACUCGAUUUGAAACGCCCAUCACCGCCCGGUCAUUUCGUAGAUCAUCUUCCGCGCCUGUCGACAAUGACAAACCUAAGAAAUCCUCCUCUAGGCGCACACGAUCUACCAGCAGUCAGCCCUCGUUCCAAGUUGCCCAACCAACUGAGUUCGAGGCGCCGAGCCCUACGGAACCUGUCACUGCAAUCCACACCUUGGUCUCAACACAAAGUUGCCCAGAUUUGUCGGUAUCCCCUUCGUUCGACCCAACCCUAUCAUAUUCGUUCCCUGCAAAGUCACAACCUUCAUUUGAACUCGAUCCAUUUAUGUUCGAUAUGGCGUUUGGCGAUUCGAUCAUGUCUGCGAAUGGUUCAGUAGCCAGCUACCCCUGUUCUCCGACGGAAGGGCGAGUGACAACACCUGUGCCAUGCUACGACAUGGCGUAUAACAACAAUGAUUGGACACCCUGCUCAUCUCGUCCGUCGAGUUCCCCAGCUACCCCGCAGAUGCUCUCUCCCUCCCCGUCUUUCGACUGUAUCGGUACAGACCACCCGUUCGUACUCGGUUCAUACGCGUUCGACAAUAUCCCACCCAAUCAGCAUGAUAUAUCCCCGUGUGGACAACAGUACACAGCUGGCCUGGAUGUUUUCCAUCACCACAUCGAUACCUCCGUGCCCUUCUCUCGGCCGGAUUUCGCCCCGUUCACCAAAGGCCACCUAAAUUCCUUCCACUACCCUACCAAACCUGAAAUCGCUAGCACAGACAUGGAAUUUUCCACGUUCAUGUCAUCGCUGACGGCCUUCUGA